AUGCUCCAGGUCCCAGUGCCGGGAAACCCCAACCAGGCCUCCACCAAGGCUGUGAUCUUGGUGGGAGGUCCCUCGCGAGGCACUCGAUUCCGUCCAUUGUCGCUUGAUGUGCCCAAGCCCCUGUUUGAAGUCGCCGGCCACCCUAUUAUCCACCACUGCCUCAAGGCUCUCGCCAAGGUCCCCGACGUGCGCGAAGUUCUUUUGGUCGGAUACUAUGACGAGACUGUUCUGCGGGAUUUCAUCAAGGAUGCCGCAAAGGAGUUUCCCCAGUUCCGCAUUCAAUACCUGCGAGAAUACACAGCGUUGGGCACCGCAGGUGGCCUGUACCACUUCCGUGAUGCGAUCCUCAAGGGUAAGCCUGAGCGCUGCUUUGUGCUGAACGCAGACGUCUGCUGCUCGUUCCCUCUGGGCGAGAUGCUGCGUCUGUUCGAGGAGAAGGACGCAGAGGCGGUGAUUCUGGGAACUCGCGUCGACAAUGACGCUGCUACCAACUUCGGAUGCAUUGUGUCGGACUCGCACACCAAGCGCGUGCUUCACUACGUCGAGAAGCCCGAAUCGCAUAUUUCUAACCUGAUCAACUGCGGCGUGUACCUGUUCGCUACCGAGUGCAUCUUCCCCGCCAUUCGCAGCGCCAUCAAGCGCCGUACUAUCCGCCCACGCAUGCUUUCCUACCCCUCUUCCGAUAACCUCGAGUCCUCCUUCGUCGCGACCGGCGAUGACGAGGAUGCCGAGAAGAGCGAAGUUCUCCGCCUCGAGCAGGACAUUCUCUCCGACCUGGCUGACAGCAACCGAUUCUUCGUCCACGAGACGAAGGACUUCUGGCGCCAGAUCAAGACCGCUGGCUCAGCUGUACCUGCCAACGCCCUUUACCUCCAGAAGGCCUUCCAGGCCGAGUCUGAUGAGCUCAUGGCACCCUCCGCCACGAUCGUUCCCCCGGUUUAUAUCCACCCUACUGCUCAGGUCGAUCCCACUGCCAAGCUGGGCCCCAAUGUUUCCAUUGGCCCCCGUGCCGUCGUUGGAGCGGGUGUUCGUAUCAAGGAUUCAAUCGUCCUCGAGGAUGUAGAGAUCCGCCACGAUGCCUGUGUCAUGCACUCCAUCAUCGGCUGGAGCAGUCGAGUAGGUGCCUGGGCCCGUGUGGAGGGUACUCCGAUCCCCAUCACCAGCCACUCCACCAGCAUCAUCAAACAGGGUGUCAAGGUUCAGAGCAUUACGAUUCUGGGUAAGGAGUGCGGCGUUGGCGAUGAGGUUCGCGUUCAGAAUUGUGUCUGCCUCCCCUACAAGGAGCUCAAACGGGACGUCGCCAACGAAGUUAUCAUGUAA